AUGACCAGUGCCACUUCAACUCCCUCUCAUGAAGCCGAACACUCCCUCAACCAUGUCGCAUAUCAUUCCAGUCUCAUGCCGCCUCCCAAAACCGCUUUUGGCAGAACUCCGCCUACUUAUUCCCCGACCAAGCCCGCUCCCCAUUCUGCAAAUACCAUGGGACGGGCAUUGACCGAUACUCCUGCCCCUAGUGCCCCUACAAGCCCUCAACUGUUUGCCCGUGGAAGCACCAAUGUUUCGGGCUCGGCCACUCCCAAACUCCGUGCCACCACACUCGACAUACCUGGUCUCACUCGUUCCAAAGUGUCCCCUGACGGUCGCAUAUCUGAGAGAGAUGUGGGUGCCAAGUUGAUCAUCAUAAUGGUAGGGCUGCCUGCACGAGGCAAGAGUUAUAUUGUCAAGAAGAUAGCGAGAUAUCUGAAUUGGCUGCAACAUCCAACCCGAAUCUUUAAUGUGGGAGAUCGAAGAAGAGUUGCUGCUGGCAAGGGCCAAGCCAUCCCCGACAGGACACACGCCGAACUCCGCGAAUCUGUUCGAUGCAUGAGCAGUACGACCAAGGGCCCCCAUGGACUCAUCGACCAUACCGAACUCCUCCCUCCGCCCGCCAUCCGAACCGAGCUAUUUCUGAAUGGCGAGGUCACCUCAGCCUCGCCCAUCAGUCCCUUGCAAAUGAAUGGCAAUGCGCACUCUGCCUUCGAAGACAAUCCUGAACCAAUUCUUGCCCCUGCUCCAGAACCGAUGGACCAAUCAGCCCAGUUUUUUGACCCUCAAAAUACAAAAGCCAAGUUGCUCCGAGAACAAGUCGCUCAUGAGGCCCUGGACGAGCUGAUGAAGUAUGUCCUGGAGGACGGCGGCUCGGUCGGCAUCCUGGACGCCACCAAUCACACACAGGAGCGUCGUAUGUCGUUGAUCAAGCACAUCAGAGAACGCGACCCAAAUAUUAACGUUCUGUUUCUCGAGUCUCGCUGUCAAGAUCCCAAUCUUCUCGAGGCAAACAUCCGUUUGAAGCUUUCAGGUCCAGAUUACAAAGGGAAAGACCCUCACCAAUCGCUGAAGGAUUUCAAAGAACGGGUGGAGCAGUAUGAAAAGUCGUACCAGAAACUCGACGAUUUCGAGGAGCAGCACGACAUGCCCUACUGCUCAAUGAUCGAUGUUGGCCGGAAAAUGGUCAGUUAUCAAGUCAAAGGAUUCUUGUCCAUUCAGACCGUCACCUACUUGAUGAACUUCAAUUUGUCCCCGAGAAUGAUUUGGAUCACUCGCCACGGUGAGUCCAUGGACAAUGUCAACGGAAAGAUUGGAGGCGACAGUUCUUUGAGCGGAAACGGCCGCAGAUAUGGCCAGGCUCUUUCCAAAUUCAUAGGCGAACAGUGGCGGUCGUGGGAACGACGACACGCUGAAAAGCAAGCCAACGCCCAUUUCCCCCCACUCCCAGGAGAUACGACGCCCCCAAACCCCGAAUACACCGCGCAGACUGAGCAAGAAAAGAAUUUCUGUGUGUGGACGAGCAUGUUGAAACGAAGCAUCGAGACCAGCCAAUUUUUCAACGAUGAGGAUUACGACUUGAAGCAGAUGCGCAUGCUCGACGAAUUGCACGCCGGUUCGAUGGAAGGCAUGACUUACACCGAGAUCCGCGACAAAUUCGAACACGAAUACGAACUUCGAAAGCGCGACAAACUCCACUAUCGCUACCCCGGUCCUGGUGGCGAGGGAUAUCUCGACAUCAUCAAUCGGCUCGGCAAAGUCAUACUCGAAAUCGAACGCAUGACUGAUCACGCUCUGAUCAUUGGCCAUCGAAGCAUUGCUCGCGUCCUACUCGCAUAUUUCAUGGGCCUGAAGCAAGAGGACAUUAGUGACCUUGAUGUGCCGCUAGGCGUUGCUUAUAUGCUAGAACCACGACCAUAUGGUGUCGAAUUUAAGGCUUAUCGCUGGGAUCCAAACACGGAUGAAUUUCGAUAUGAACCGAACUAUCGAAUGAGGCGAGCUAUUGACCCACAAGCAUGA